ACCACAACAACACAGCUGCGGCCAGGACCCAGACCAAGACCCAGACCAAGGGAGGAGACAGUGUGUUGUUUACAAUACUACAUUUCCCUCCCCUGGUGACCUUGACCCGACCUGACCUGAUGUUUGGGAGCGUUUGAGGCAAUACAAUGCCAUUCCCCGCCAGGAGAGGAAGGGCGGGGCGCAGAUUUUCAGGCAACGUGAACAAGCCGGAGACGACGCGGUUGCCCCCCCCAGCCGUAGCAGCGGGACAGGGGCGGCCAGGGGAGUAUGAGGCCCAGGUAGACCCCAUGAGGAGGGUCCCACACUACGAGGAAGACCCAAACUGGAUCUGCCGAGGCCAAGACACCAAUCCACAGCACUACCCCUCCACCCCCUCCUUCGACCAGUGUCCCCAGGAGCCCCAAGCCCCACCAAACCCCCGGGGCAGCUGGGGGGCGGGGCGGAAGGGGCGAGGGCGUGGGCGCGGUGAGGGCAGCGGUGCGGGGUGGGGGUUAAGAAGACCAGACCCUCCCCUAGUCUGGUCAGGAAUUCCACACCUAGAACAUUCCUUUGUCAUUCAGAAAGACCACCAGGCAGGGCAGGGGGGGCAAGGGGGUCCUACUGCUCCGGCGGGGUCUGGCAUGCCCUGGGGACCCCACGGCGCCGCAAACAAUACCAACGCAGGGCAGGAAUAUAGACAAGACUGGUCCCAGGUGUCCCGUGCUGCGGAAACUGUUUGCAUUGAGAUGGGGCCACAAACGGGUCAAGGGGGAGGCACUGGGACCCCACAGGAUGCCAGGGGAGGCCCGGACACCCCCCCAAGGCCCCAGAACACCCCAGGACUCACCGCAGGGGCAGGAGAGGGCAAGGAAUUGGAAACUAAGUCUGAGAACAAAACCCCAAACAAAGUUGGCGAUAACACAAACGUACAGACAAACGCAGAGUCCUCCGCUGCCGCCGCCGCAGACGCAAACACCCGAGGGGUCCCACAAGCCCCUGAGACCCUGCCCGGCGCAUCAGGGACCUCAGAACUAGAGAACGAGACUAAGCGUUACUAUCAAGAGCUGUUUGAAAAUGAAGACAAGACCGCAGCUACUCAGGUGGCCCAGAUCACAGUGGAGUGUCGGACAGUGGAGGCGGAGAGGCAGCGGAAGGAGGGGAGGCAGAGGGAGGAGGUGGAGAGGGAGAAGAGGAAGAGGGAGGAGGAGGAGGCAGCCUGGGAUCUCCUUCACCAGUUGUGGGAAUUUUCGAGGUGUAAUCCUUAUGACUUCGAUGGAUGGACUAGACUUUUGGGACAUGUGGAGGUGGUGAACAAUCUUGAAGCGGUCCGUUCAGCCUUUGACGGCUUUCUGCCCCUGUACCCUUACUGCUUCGCCUACUGGAAGAAGCUGUCGGACAUGGAGGCUGCCCACGGAGAGGAGGAGAGGGCACUCGGCACCCUCCUGCUGGGGACAGAGGUGGUGCCCUUCUGUGUCGACCUGUGGCUGCCCCUCAUUGCAUCCUUCACCUCUUUUGUGAGGCGCCGCGGCCUGUCGGAGCAGUGCAUUAGAGAGCUUUACGAGGACGGUCUGCAGCAUGUGGGUCAAUCAUGGGGCAGCUCACCGUUAUGGGACGACUGCAUUGCGUACGAGCAGGGCCGCGGCGACCUGGUUGCAGUCAUGAGGCUGUAUAGGAGGCUAAUUGGCACCCCCCUUCGGCUCUACAACAAGCAUUGGGACCACUUCCUCGCCCUAGUCAGAGACCACCACCCUCACGACUUCCUUACCGAGGAGGAAUACCAAUCAUUGAGGAAAGAGGCGUACAUUGAACUCAGGAUUAAACCCACUGCUGCCUCCUCCUCCUCCUCUUCCUCUUCCUCCUCCUCUACACAGCAGGCCAGAGGAAUAGUGAAGUCACCCCAGCCUGAGGACCGCCUGACCUCCCUAAUGAAGGAAAAGAUUGUUGCAUCAUACAUCAAAACUCAUGAAGGAACUGAGAAGGAAGUUGAUAAAAGGUGGAAAUUUGAAGAAAAGAUAAAACGACCAUAUUUUCACGUAAAACCGCUGGACCGCAAACGACUGAAGAACUGGCGUGAGUACCUGGACUUUGAGCUGUUAGAGGGUGACCCAGUGAAGAUCGUGACCCUGUUUGAGCGAUGCCUGGUGGCCUGUGCACUUUACGAAGACAUCUGGUGUAAAUACGCAGAGUUUAUGGAGCGACAUGUACAAGAUGUUAUAGAUGGGAAGUACAAGGACUGGGUUUGUGGUAUAGCAGAUGUGAAGGAAGUUUCGAAGACUGUUACAGGAGCUGGGACGCAAAAUGAACAUAAAAAUGAAGGUUUUGGCGCUGGAAAUGAUAAAGGUGAAAGAUUUAAUGCCGAAAUAAGAGACGGGAUGGGAAAUGAAGGGAGAUUUAAAGGUUCCGAGGGUGUUACAGGAAGCAGGAAGGAAAGGGAAGGUAGAAAUGAGGGUUUUGACGCUGGAAAAGAUGAUAAAAGUGAAAGAUUUGAUGUGGAAACAAGAGAUAGGGUGGAAAACGAAGAGAGAUUUAAAGGUUCCGAGGAUGUUACAGGAAACAGGAAGGAAAAGGAAGGUAGAAAUGAGGGUUUUGACGCUGGAAAAGAGGAAAAAACUCAGAGAUUGGACACCGAACCAACAGACUUGAAGGGAAACGAAGGGAAAAACGAGGAAUGCAAGAGAGAUGCAGAGGACGGGAAGGGAAACGGGGACAGGAAAGAAAGUUUUAAAGACGCGAAGGAGGGAAACGAAGAAACAGACAGCGUAAAUGAAAAAAAGAAUGAUAACGAUGAUUUGAAGGUUAGCGAUGGUGCGGAAGUGAACGACAGUAAGCGUGAGGGUAAUUUGGUAGCUGGCAGUGACGGUGAGCCCUCGAAAGUGACGGAAAACGAAGGAAACGAUGCGGAAAAUGGAAACUCGUACGCCAAACUUGCUGACAGGGAAACUGGCGCCCACAACAACAAGAACAACAACAACAACAACAGUAAAACAGAAAUGAAAACAGUAGAUGAAAAUGAAAGAGAAGAAAAAAGAGAGGAAGAGAGAAAAGAAGAGGAGAUGAGGAAGAUAAAGGAUUGUAGUGAAGAUGUUAUAGAGAGUGAGGUGGAUAGAACAACAGUGAUUAGUGAUAGUGAAGUUGGAAUGGGUGGAAGGGUGGAUAGCGAUGGACACAUGGAGGUGGAUGAAACAGAAGGCCAGGCGGAAGGGAAAAGUGAAAGAAUGACAGAAAACGGGGGAAACAGGACAGAAAACGCAGAAGAAAUUAGAGAAGUCGAAGCGAAAGCAACAGAAAACGGGGGAAUAAUGAGAGAAAACGAGACAGACACAAUGGAAAGUAAAGAAAAAACAAGGAACGCGCCAAAACACCCCCGGAGCCCAACAGAAAACGAGACAACGCCAGCCGAGAAAGAAAACGGGCAUGAGACGUUUCAGGAGAUCCGGGGCAGACUAAUUAAUAAUCUUAGUUUAAACAAGAGGGUCAUUAAGUGCCCCAGCUUGACCCAACAAUGGAUUCUUAACGAGGUCACCUGGGAGGACGUCAGGCAGGUGUACAAACGAGCUGCCUGGAUUCACUGCUCCGGAAAGGCGGCCAUCUUGAUUCAGUGGGCGGAAUUUGAGGAGGUGCAAGGUAACGUGGACACAGCAAGGGAGCUUCUGGCGUCUGUCAUCAGCAAGCACCCUACACUCAUAAAGGCCAGGAUGCAGCUAAUUGAAGUGGAGUGCAGGGCAGGACGCUACAACAGGGUGGAGGAGCUGUAUGGGGAGGCAUCGAAGGCCGUCACCCUGCCGAAACAUCGCGCCUGGCUUGCUAUGAAAUUUGCGCGGUUUUUGUUCAAGACCCUACAAGAGCCAGAGAGGGCAUUGGUCGUCCUCCGCAAGGCCCUCAAGAAAGACCGCGGCAACACACUGUUAUAUCACCACGUGUUUGACAUCUGCUACCAGCGCCACCCAAUUGACGUACAGGGGGUGUUGGCUUCCACCCUCCUUGCCCUGGCCUCCAAGGACCUCUCGUUAAGCGAUAAGUGCUGGUUCGCGUUCAAGAGGCUGGAAUUCCUGAAGGAGCAUGGUUCAAUUGCUGAAUUGAAACAUGCCCAACAUGAACUGAUCUCCCUCCGACUUGCUGCGGAGAGAGAGAGGCUGACGGAGGAAAGAGAGAGAGGAGGGAAUGUGAAGGAGGAGGAGGAAGGAGGAGGAGGAGGAGGAGGAGGAGGAGGAGGUGGGCAGAAUAAAGACCAGUCAUCAUCAUCAUCAGCAACAACAACAACUACUACAACUACUACUACUACUACUACUACUACUACUACUACUACUACAACAACUACAACUACUACUACUAGCGAUGCAUCUCUCAACAACAACAACAACAACAACUGCGCCGACCCUAAUGCUGCCGCCGCUGCUGCUGCCGCUGCUGCUUUUGCCUUACAACAACAACAACAACAACAACAACAACAGUUUCCAGUUCCUUAUUUUUCGGCUGAUGGCGCCAUCACCUACACCCCAAUGGCAGGGUAUGGAUAUGGCCCUUCGGACACCACCCUCACCCUGCCGGCGACCCAGGAGGUGGUGGGGGGGCAGGGGGCAUCAGCAGUAGGGGUGUCUGACUACCACAGCGUCCCACACACCUGGGAGUACGAGUCUCACCCUGGCGGAUAUCGAUACAAUAAGGAAGAUGAGGUGAGGUGGCAGGAAGAUGCUAAAUAUAGAGAAUAUCAUGAGUUAAUGGCUAAUGGCUACCCUUCACAUCUCAGGGACAAGCAGGUGGAGGAGGUGGAGGUUCCUCUGAAGGUGAAUAUUGAUCAUCUGCGGAAUAGAGGAGGAGGUGGAAGAGGUGGUGGUGGUGGUGGUAGUGGUGGUGGUGGUGGUGGUGGUCAGCCCCCACUCUCGAAUGCCAGACCUCUCCCAGCCCCCCUCAUUUCUCAAGGUGCCCCCCUUCCCCCCCAUGGGCCCCCAGGGAUAUCGAAUGGACCCCCUGGACCCGCGCCCCCUGGAGAGAGAGGCCCCCCACUCCUGGGUAGCCUGCCCCCCUCCCAUGGCCUUCCUCUGUUGGGAGACCCCUAUGGGAAGAGAAGACUGGUUGAGGAUUAUGGGCACGAGGGUGGAGAUGGCACCCCAUACAAGCUCCGUCGGCAGGAGAACCCAACGAGCCUCUACCGUUCGGAAUUUGACAACAAUUAUACAAAUUCUCCGGGCCCUAGCGCUCCACCUAGCCACCGCUCCACCCUGCCGCCCUGCCCACCACACCACCCACACCCCUUCCACACCCGGGACGCAGAUCCACGCCCGCCGCACCUGCAGGAGCGGAGGGAGAGGGAGGCGGAUGAGAGGAGGGAGACGGAUUUACCGGAACUGGCGCGGUUUAAAGAAACUGACAGAUAUUCUCUCCGUAACGCUUCCUGCUACCCCUCCCCCCCCUUGCUGCUAUCCGAGCGAGCAAGGGAGGGGGAGGGGCCCUGCUUCAACGUCCCUGGAUGGCUGGUACAAGAUGGCGGGGAGCUUGUCUUGAGUGAGACACCAAGGGGGGUCUCUGUGAUAAGAUAUUGGCCGAACUUCAUGACUCAGAAGGGAGAAAAGACGAUGUUCAGAAUUCUGCGGGAGGACUUGAAGUGGACACAGCAGCACCACAUGCCAGGCGGAGGUUGGGUCCCCCUCCCCCGUCUCCUAGCCUGGAUCGGCCCCUGUGACCUGACCUUCCAUGGGAUGACCUUGGAAAAGAACACUCAUUGGCUGCCUGAGAUUGUGGAUUUGCUGCAUAGACUCAUCCGUUACACCAACAACCAAUACAACAGCUGCCUUUUGAGUCUCUUCCGGGGCGGGUUAGACCAUGUGGCGUGGAUGUCUGAAGAACACCCAGCCCUUAGACACCACCCAUCCAUCGCUACUGUGAGCCUGGGAGCGACAAGAGUGUUCGAGCUACAGAGGAGAGAAGGAAGGGGAUAUUUGCGGUUCCCUCUCUACCCUGGCUCCCUUCUGCUGAUGGAGGGAGCCACGCAGGAUGACUGGAAGCAUCAGGUUCCCAAGGACUCUAGCAACCAAGAGGAAAGAAUACAGCUGUCCUUUCGAAAGCUAUACAUGAUACAAGGGCUUACAGUCUAACACACACACACACACACACACACACACACACACACACGUAAAGAGCAGUUGAUUGGCUGAAGAUUGGAGAAAAUAUUAUUGCGUCAUGUCUCUUAAAUAAACUGUUUGUAUACUGGAGGAUAAA